UAAGAGGCGGUGCCGGCCGCCCGCCCGUGUCGCGAGCGGGGUCUGUACACACUGCCAGGCGGAGGCGGGGCGGCUGGGCAUCUCCUCUGACUACCUGGUAAGGCCCCGCCAGGCAGGCAGGCGACCAGGCCUUGGCCCUGUAGUUUCCUUGGCCCACACUCCCUGCUGGGGUGUGUCGCUCCGCGCCCAACAUGGCGGGCGGGCGCUGCGGCCCACUGCUGACGACGCUUCUGGCCGCCUCGGUUGUGGCAUUGGCGGCGACCGAGGGCCCCGAGCAGGCCGUGUUGCCGGCGGAGCAAAGCCGAGUCCAGCCCAUGACCGCCUCCAACUGGACACUGGUGAUGGAAGGCGAGUGGAUGCUGAAAUUUUAUGCCCCAUGGUGUCCAUCCUGCCAGCAGACUGAUUCUGAAUGGGAGACUUUUGCAAAGAAUGGUGAAACACUUCAAAUCAGUGUGGGGAAAGUAGAUGUCAUUCAAGAACCAGGUUUGAGUGGCCGUUUCUUUGUCACCACUCUUCCUGCAUUUUUUCAUGCAAAGGAUGGAAUAUUCCGCCGUUACCGUGGUCCAGGAAUCUUCGAAGACCUACAGAAUUACAUCUUAGAGAAGAAAUGGCAGUCAGUUGAACCUCUGACUGGCUGGAAAUCUCCAGCUUCUCUAACGAUGUCUGGAAUGGCUGGUCUUUUUAGCAUCUCUGGCAAGAUUUGGCAUCUUCACAACUAUUUCACAGUGACCCUUGGAAUUCCUGCCUGGUGUUCUUAUGUCUUUUUUGUCAUUGCCACUUUGCUUUUUGGCCUCCUUAUGGGUCUGAUCUUGGUGAUAAUAUCAGAAUGUUUCUAUGUGCCACUUCCAAGGAAUUUAUCUGAACAUUCUGAGCAGAAUCAGAAGUCUGAGGAAGCUCACAGGGCUGAACAGUUGCAGGAUGCAGAGGAGGAAAAAGAUGAUUCAAAUGAAGAAGAAAACAAGGACAGCCUUGUUGAUGAUGAAGAAGAGAAAGAAGACCUUGGCGAUGAGGAUGAAGCAGAGGAGGAAGAGGAAGAGGACAAUCUGCCAGGUGGUAUGGAUGAGGAGAAAAGUGAAGUCAGUGACCAAGGGCCCCUGAGAGAGGGCAGUGUGACUCAGGAAGAAGUUGAACCUGAUGAGGCUGAAGAAGACAUCACAGAGCAGCCCCAUUCACCUGAUACAGAAGUGGCAGAAGAAGCAUUGAGGCAGCGCAAGAGUCAGAAUGCCAGUAAGGGACCAUAGAUAGGUUCAGUGAUGCAGUUUCCAACAGUGCAGUCCAAAAGAAUAUGUCAGCUUUCCUCUGGUCUGCAAUUUAAACCAAAUCCUUAAUUUUUCCUGACUGAGAAAGCUUCUCCCUUAAAAGAUGAUCUCUAGUGGCAUUGUAUCAUAGGCACAGGCCUCAUGUACCCUAAGGACAAUUUUUCAGUCAUGACAAUCGAGAGAUAAAAACAACAUGCUGUUAUGAUCUGUUUGGGGGAUCUGGAUGGGAACAAGUUCAUUUAAUUGGGGCUAGAGAGUCUUUACCAGAGGAGGCAACCCCCAAUCAUUAGCACCCUCUGGAGAAAAAGCUACAGAUCCGUAAAAUGAAGGCAAAGCAGCCUUUACUUCUGAGCAUCCUCAAAGAAUAGCAUAAGUCUUGCUUCGUUUUCAUGUGUUAACUAUUUAUUUUGUGAAACUGUAAGAAACAUCAUGCACCACAGUGCACAAAUAUUUGUUUAGAGAUAGAAAUCCAGAGGGCCCUGGAUACAGUUUUAGAAAAGAGCUUGGAAAUAUGCCAGCUCUCUAAAUCUCCUUUGUUAUGUUUUAUUUCUUAUUUUUUAUUUCUCCAACUUUUCUACUAUGAGCCUGCAGACUACCCAUACUCUUCACAGUUGUUUCUCACUUAGGAGAUGCAGCAGCCAGGUCUGCUUCCACCAUGUUUAUUCUCAUUUGAAGGUUUAGAAAAUCUAACACAACUGAUGAAGCCCUGACUGCCAGCUAUCUCAAAUGAAAUGUUGUAACCUUUGGAGUUUCAAAAGGAAGUAGGGAUUUUAAAGGACAGAUUUUAAAACAAUUUUUUGGCCAACCUGUAGUAGUUUUCUUUUUUCAGAAAGUUUCUUUAGCAAUGCUUUAUAUUUUUUUGAAGCCAGAAGUGAUCUAAGUCUUGCCCAGUACAGGGUAGYCUUGUGAAGAAAACUUGAAUACUGUGUUGUUUUGUUUCCAUCUCAGGGGGUUCCCUGGCUCUUGAAACACUUUAAUAAUAACUGGAAACUGUUUCUAGUUUCAUUCACUUGAUGUGCUUUUGGUGAAAAAAUUAAUGAAAGUAUCAGGAAGUAAAAGAUUUGAUUUUGUUUCCAUCUUCCUUAACUUCUAGAGAAUUGUAUCUUUGUAAAUCUCUCACUCCUCAAUCUACUAUAAGUACCCAGGGAACCCAAUUUCUUUUCAAAAUCCAUCCAUCUACUUUUUUCUUACCUGAUUUAUGUCUUAGAAUAAAUUCAUAAAAUUAGAUUCCAAGCAUAUGAAAGAUGCUUAAAGUCAGGCUUAUACCCCUUGGGUCCAGACAGAAUAAUGAGUACAGGUUUAUGAAAUUCAGAAAGUUUCUGUCAUCUUUAAAAAGGAAAUGCAGUCUAUUUCUAUCUGACUAUUUAUAUAACCCUUUCCUUGUAUUAACUGUGAACAACAGGGUUCACUGGUGGGGGAGGCUCUGAAACUCUCUACCCUCCUGUAGCUGAUUGAAGCUCCUUUCAACUUUGCCCAAAGGAGGUUUUUACUAGGAGAACUGAUUUUCAAAGAUAGUUAUUUUUCAUCUUUCCAACUCAGCUAAUAGUCUCUUCCCUAAUAUGCUGAAGUUUGUUAAAGUUGCUAGUAAUUGUGUUCUUCAGACCAUCACAGAAUUGAUGGACUGGGAGGAAGAAUUUUGACCUGACCUGUGCCUGUUUCUUCCCCUCACUCCAGUUCCCACCCCUCUGACACACCUUCACCCAAAGUGCCAUGGUUCUGAUGGGGGCAGUUCUACUCCCUGACACCAGGACGCUUUUCUGGAUACUCUCAAGCUAAGCUGUGCCUGUCCUCCUGUCACUGGAUUUCUUUCUCUUACAAACUCAGCUGUGUAAACAAAGAUUUCAAAGAAUAGUGAGUUCAAGUUUAGAGUUAGGAAAUAAGAAAGGUUUCAUAGAUUGGCUUUUCUAUAUAAUGUCCCUCCCGCAAAUAGAAUUUUUUAAAGUGAAGUUUUCAACUAGAGGAAAGGCAUGAGAAAGAAAACACGUUCUACUUUGUUUUUUUGUUUUUGUUGUUGUUUUUGUUAUUUUUUUUUCUUAAGUGUAAGCCCAAUUUACACUUGGACCUCAAAUAAUACCUAACUACAUAAUAAGAAAAAUGUAUUUUCUUUUUUAAAAAUAUAAAGUGGGAAGAAAAACAUCUUGGGAAGAGGAUCCAGUAAAAGUUUAAGUAUUUAUCUAUAAGAACCAUUUUUUCCUUUUUUUUUUAACAUCCUAACAAAAGAUAGCUUUUCUAGGAGGUGGCCUGAUCCAUACACAUCUAAUUUAUUAUCUUUUCACUUGAACCUCUAGGUUUGUUUUCAAUACUUAAUAUAAACCUAAAGAAAAACAUCAACCUAAACUUAAAGUCAGAUCAGCAUUUCAAUUGUUUUUUUUUUUCUGUAGAUAAUCCAAUGGUUAAAUGCAUGGAAAAUGUGAUUUUGAUUUUAAAAUUUUUUUAAAAAGUCAUACUUCCCUCUAUUGCAGUAUCAGUUUGUUUAAUCAUACAAUUGUGUUUUAUUGCGAAUUCAGAAUAGGUGAAUGAAGUAAAGUAAUGAUUGUGGAGUGUGGGUACAUAGCACUUUAUGUGCAGGUAGUUGGAGCAGGGUGCCUUGUCACUGAUUAGAAGGAAUGUGAAACUUCUAGUUACCCUAUUGUUGAUUUCUUUUAUUAUUCAUCUCCUGCUAGAUCUGCUAAAAGAAGCCUGCUUGGUUAGGGAUUCACUGAAGCAAUGCACAAGCAAUUCCACUUUCUUUCCCUUUGAAGUAUAAUUGAAUAGGUCAGGGAUAGUGCCUGUUCAAUUCACAGGGCAUUGCACUGUUUGGCAAGUACUUGCAACAUUAUCUUGUGAAUAUGAUCUCUGUAAGCUAAAAAUAACUACCUAUAAAAAGUAAACAGGCUUUGAAUAGGUUGGCUUUUGCAGCUAUGAAAGCUGCAUUUUGAUUUUUUAUGAUCCCAAACUCUGUUGAUAGUUUGGAGGUUGCUACAUGAUUUGAGUGUAUGUAAGUUUUCAGAUCUGCAUCCUGUACCUCCUUUGGGUUGGAUGAUAAAAAGUGCUAUUUAAGGGAAUACUUGCCAUCCAACUUUGUUAGCAAGGCUUUUGGGACUUUAGCUGCUCUUUUGCUUACAGGAUGGGAAACAUUAAAGGGUCCAAAUUAAAAUAAAAAGGUAGAAAAGAAGAGUAAAUUUCAGUGUAAAAUCUUGAGCAUGAAGUGAGAGAAAGAAGCGGAUUGGUGCUUUUGCUAGUGUUUGUCAGUAGGUCCUUCAUCUCAGUGUUGUAGUGUUAUUUCUGUCAGUAUUAUACAUGUGUGGUGAACCCAUCCUGUCAAAUAUAUCAGCAUUUUGGAAGUUAUUCAUGUAAAUCUUUUGUGCCAACAAAAUGUUCCCUCUUGUAGUAUCUCUUUACCUCAGUCUUACAUUUUGAUUCUCUUGAGAAGAUUAUAGC